AUGAGCCCUCCACGCUCGCGCUCCACAGCCGCGAGAUGGGGACUCUCCUUGUCCCUCAUCGCCGGCGGCGCAACCGUGGUCUUCGGCCUCCAACCUCACCUUCUCGCCCAGGCGGCCGGCAUCUUGAACGGGCAGCAACAAAAUCCCAUUAUUCCCGUCCAUGGCGCCGGGGAAAAUAACGCCACAUCGACUACAUACUGUUACGAGUCCCUCCACACCGCUGCCCUUGGCCCUUCGACAAGUGAUGCUGGUUAUGAUAGUAACGGUGAACCAAGCUCACCGCCCAAUUGCUUCACCGUCGGCCCAGACGGCCGGUUCACCCGCGUCUUCUCCUCCCUGUCCACCUCGCUAGAAGAUUCGGACGGUCUAGGAGGAGGGGAAGAGAUUCGGAUUCUACCCGGGCAUGUGCUCCCCGGUCUGUGGGAUGGUCAUGGCCACUUGCUGGCGUAUGGCGAGUUCUUGCACUCGGCGGACUUGUUUGGGUCUACUUCGGCGGAUGAGGUGCGGCGUCGGUUGAGGGAGUAUUUGGAUGUUUAUCCGGAUGCAGGCACGAAGGAUAAUUGGGGGAGGGGAGUUGGGUGGGACCAGAUGGCGAUGGGGGGGAUGCCGUUUGCUGACCUCCUCGAGCAAGACGAUGCCCUCAAAGGCAAGUACUUCAUGCUCGACCGUGUAGAUGUGCACUGCACCUGGGUCUCGCAAGCCGUGCUGGACCUGUUGCCAGCCGACUUCCCUGACGAGGUGCCCGGUGGUGAGAUUGUGCGCAAGCCCGGCAUGGGCGUGUUCUGUGACAACGCGAUGGACCUGGUGCUCGCGCUGUGGCCUAAACCGAGCAAGGAGCGACAAAAGACGUUUGUGGUAGACGCCAUGCGCGAGCUGCACAAGGUUGGCCUGGUGGGCAUGCACAAUGCCGGGUCGGUGCCGGAAGAUGUAGCGCUGUUUGAAGAGAUGAGCCGGACGGAGGACUGGACGCUGAGGGUGUACUCGAUGCUGGAGUGCGCGGAGCGGAAUACCUUUUGUCCGGAGGAUGCGAAGAUGGUUGAUCACCCGGACGGGAUGCUUUCGGUUCGGAGUGUCAAGUUGUUUGCGGACGGCGCCCUCGGAAGCUGGGGCAGCGCCAUGAUCGAGCCCUAUUCCGACCGCCCCGACACCUCCGGCUCACUUCUCGUCAACGCUUCCACCCUCACCUCCCUCGCCCGCACCUGGUCCGCCGCCGGCUUCCAAGUCAAUAUCCACGCAAUCGGCGACCUAGCCAACCGCCUCGCCAUCGACGCUCUCGUAGCCGCCCUCCGCGACCUCUGCCCGGAAGCAGCCUCCUCCUCUUCCUUCGACAACAACGACCUCUCCACCCUCUCCACCCUAGCCCCCUGCCAAUCCACCCACCGCUUCCGCCUCGAACACGCCCAAAUCAUCCACCCCACCGACCAAGCCCGCAUCCACGCCCUGGGCAUCCUCCCCUCCAUCCAACCAACCCACGCGACCUCCGACAUGGGCUACGCCGCGCUCCGUCUCGGCCCCCACCGCACCCGCACCGAAGCCUACCGCAUGCGCUCCUUUCUCAACAUCCCCUCCGCCGGCCCAAUCCUCGGCAGCGAUUUCCCUGUUGAACCGCCGAAUCCGUUUGAGGGGGUGUAUGCGGCGGUCGCGAGGAAGAGUCCGCGGACUGGUGCGGGGGGCCCACCGGAUAUUGUUAACACUGAAGGGGGUGAUGGUGAUAAUAAUAAAGGGUGGCACAAAGAAGAGGCAGUGACGCUGGAGCAGGCACUACACGGGUUUACAGAGGCUGUGGCGUGGGGUGGGUUUAUGGAGGGGAAGGCCGGGGUGAUCCGGGAGGGGGCGUUUGCGGAUUGGGUGGUGCUGGAUGAGGAUAUUAUGGGGGUUGGGGAGGAUGGGUUGAGGGGGGUUAAGGUGAGGGAGACUUGGGUGGGUGGGAGGAGGGUGUUUGUGAGAGAGGAGGAGGAGAGUGGGAGGGUGGAGAGGGAGGAUGAUAGAGAAGACUUGUAG